UCUGAUUCUUCCAUACCCUUUCUCUCCUUUGUCAAACCACCAAAACAUUUAAAUUCCAUAUCUUGAUCAUGGGCAGCCUCACUUUCGAUAAGGAUCAAGAAAACAAUUCCCACUUCGUCACUAACCCUCUAGACCCAAAGGAAUUUAGGAGGCAAGGCCACAUGAUCAUAGACUUCAUUGCAGAUUAUUAUGAAAACAUAGAGAGAUAUCAAGUCCUUAGCCAAGUUGAGCCAAAUUAUCUUCGAAAUCUCUUACCAGAAUCUGCCCCUUACUCUCCUGAAUCCAUUGAAACCAUCCUCCAAGAUGUGCAGAAAUAUAUUAUACCUGGGAUCACACACUGGCAGAGUCCUAACUACUUUGCCUACUUCCCUUCAAGUGGUAGCAUUGCUGGUUUUCUUGGAGAAAUGCUUAGCACUGGCUUUAAUGUAGUGGGAUUCAAUUGGAUGUCAUCACCUGCUGCAACUGAACUAGAGUGUAUUGUCAUGGAUUGGUUUGGUGAAAUGCUUAAACUACCAAAGUCUUUCCUCUUUUCUGGCAAUGGUGGAGGUGUAUUGCAAGGGACUACUUGUGAGGCCAUUUUGUGUACAUUAACUGCAGCGAGGGAUCAAAUGCUAAGCCAAGUUGGAAGAGAGAAGAUGGAAAAGUUGGUGGUUUAUGGGUCUGACCAAACGCAUAGUGCAAUACAAAAGGCAGCCAAAAUUGCUGGAAUCAACCCAAUGAACUUCCGAGCUGUCAAGACAACAAAGUCAACGUCUUUUGGGUUAUGCCCAAAGUCAUUACGUGAUGCAGUUCAAGCAGAUGUUCAAGCUGGACUAGUCCCAUUCUUUCUUUGUGCCACAGUUGGGACAACUUCAACAAAUGCCAUUGAUCCAAUAGGGCCAUUAUGCGAAGUAGCCAAAGAUUAUAGCAUAUGGGUCCAUGUUGAUGCCGCAUAUGCUGGAAGUGCUUGCAUUUGCCCAGAGUUUCGGCAUUUCAUUGAUGGCAUUGAGGGUGCAGAUUCAUUCACUUUGAAUGCACAUAAGUGGUUCUUUACUACUUUGGAUUGUUGCUGCCUUUGGGUGAAGGAUCCAAGUGCCUUGAUAAAAUCACUCUCAACAAAUCCUGCGUAUUUGAGAAAUAAGGCCACUGAUUCAAAGCAAGUGGUGGACUACAAAGACUGGCAAAUAACCUUAAGUCGAAGAUUCCGAGCCAUGAAAUUGUGGCUUGUGCUCAGAAGCUACGGCGUGGCGAACCUCAGGUGCUUUUUAAGAAGCCAUGUUAAAAUGGCAAAGCUUUUUGAAGAACUUGUAAGGCUUGAUAAUACGUUUGAGGUUGUGGCCCCUAGAAAUUUUGCUUUGGUCUGCUUUAGGGUUUUGCCUAAGCCAAAUUUUAAAAAAGUUUAUGAGAAUGGUGUGGCUAACCAUGAUGAGAAGGCCUUAGAUUUGGAACGUGUAAAUGAACUAAACCAGAAGCUGUUGGACUCAAUCAAUAGGUCAGGCCAUAUCUACAUGAGUCCUACUGUGGUCGAUGGAGUAUACAUAAUUCGGUGUGCUAUAGGUGCGACCCUGACAGAGGAACGACAUGUGAUCAUGGCUUGGAAGGUUGUUCAAGAACAUGCAGAUGCUUUGCUCAGCAGAUAUUGAACAUAUCAACUAUAUGGGAAUUAUCUCAUAUAUUUACUAUAUGUAUUAUCAUUUCCAUAAUAUGUGAUACACAUUUUAAAAGGAAUUAUGGAUAUAUUUGAUGUAAUACAUUUUCACUACGUUGAGUUUGCUUCAAUAUCUACUAAAAGUAUU